AUUGGCUAGAAAGUACACCGAAAGUUAAUCCGUCACGCUUCUAUAUUCUUCUUCUUUCUGGAACUCCCAAUUCCUUUGAUUUGUUUUUUUUCCCGAACUUUCUUUAGAACUCUGUCUCAAAGCUUGAAUUCUUAACGGGAUUCAUUCAACUUUCUUAAAGUCAACAGUUAAAUUUCUUGAAGUCCUCCCCAGUCAAAAGAAGCAUCCUUAUUCCUUUUUUUAGUUCCAUUCUUCAAUAAUUGUUUUAACUACCUGCUUGAUGGAUUCAAAACCUGAAUCUUGAAAUCCCAGCAAAAAAAAAAAGGAAACCAAAAGAAAAAUGUUCACAAAAUUACCACUUACACACCCGAAAGCAUCUAAUUUUGGGUUUAAUCAUUUGAUUUCUGGCAAUAAAGAUGUUUCCAAGUUUGGGUAUUUCUCAAUAAACUCUGUUUCGCAGCAUAAGUUCAGGUUCAAGCUUGUGGGGGCUCAUGGGGAUAGAUGGAAGCAUACCAAUACUGUUCAAGAAAGAAUAAAUUCAUGGCUGUCAAAGACUCAGCAUUUUUUGACUGAGGUAACUUCGCCUCUAGUAAAAACUAGUCACAGUGGAAAGCCUGAUGCUGAAAACGAUGUCGACACUCAAGACAUGGACGACAUUUUCUUGGGAGAACAGACUGUUACUAGUAGAAUGCCUAAUGGAAUUCUUUCAUUUGCUGCUAUUGUGUCUAUUGAGCAGUUUAGCAGGAUGAAUGGAUUGACUGGGCAAAAGAUGCAAAGGAUAUUUAAAGCUCUGGUUCCUAAAAUUGUCUAUGAUGAUGCUCUUAAUUUGGUGGAGUAUUGCUGCUUUAGGUUCUUGUCAAAGGAUGCCUCUGAUCUUCAUCCCAGCCUUAAGGAACCUGCAUUCCAGAGACUAAUUUUCAUCACAAUGCUUGCCUGGGAGAAUCCUUAUAGUGAUAAAAACGAUUUGAGUGCUCAUGCUUCAAGAAAAGCUUCUUUCCAGGGAAAGCGGGUGAGAGAAGAAGCCUUCACUCGGAUCGCUCCUGCUAUUCCUGGUGUAGCUGAUCACUGUACAGUGCAUAACCUUUUCAAAGCUCUUGCUGGUGAUGAAAAGGGUAUCUCAUUACGAGUGUGGCUAACUUAUAUUGAUGAACUUCUCAAAGUGCAUGAAGGAAGGAAAUUAUAUCAUAGCCAUGAAUAUCCUCAGCUCUCAGGAGAAAGAAUCUUGUGCAUUGGUUCCGGCAAGAAACAACCUGUUCUAAAAUGGGAGAAUAACAUGGCAUGGCCGGGAAAGCUUACUCUAACUGAUAAAGCGCUGUAUUUUGAGCAGGCAAUUGGAUUUCAAGGGCAGAAAGAUGCAAUAAGGCUUGAUCUUACAGGGCAUGGGUUGCAAGUGAAGAAAGUAAAAGUUGGACCUUUCAAUUCAGGGCUUUUUGACUCUGGAGUUGCUGUUUCAUCUGAUCUGGGGUCAUGGGUGCUGGAGUUUGUUGACUUGGGAGGUGAACUGAGACGAGAUCUGUGGUAUGCAUUUAUCAGAGAGGUUAUUACUCUACACAAGUUUCUUAGUGAGUAUGGACCAGAUGACGAUGAUGGAUCACUCCUUCAAGUAUUUGGUUCUCACAAAGGGAAGGAAAAGGCAAUGAUGGGUGCAAUUAAUGGCAUUUCUAGACUUCAAGCACUCCAGUCCACCCGAAUGUUUUUGGAUGAUCCAAUCAAACUUGUCCAGUAUUCGUUUUUGCAAAAUGCACCCCAUGGUGAUGCCGUUUUCCAAACUCUAGCAGUAAAUUAUUGGGGUGGACCAUUAGUUGCAGAACUUACAGAUGCAGGGUAUCCGCAAGCUCAAGGGAGGAGCCCUUACGACGAGACAUUUGAAAUCAGUGAUCACGUAUUUGACAUAGAUGGAAGUGUUUACUUGCGGAACUGGAUGAGAUCUCCGUCUUGGAGUUCUAGUGCUUCCAUUAGUUUUUGGAAGCAUUCUUCUAUUAAACACGCAGUUGUGUUAAAUAAAAAUCUUGUUGUAGCUGGUGAGACCCUAGUAGAAAGGGCAGCGGCAAUCUGCAAACAGAAGUACCAGGCCGUUGAGAGAACUCAAGCUACAAUUGAUGCUGCAAAAAUUCAAGGAAUACCCAGUAAUAUAGACCUUUUCAAGGAACUUAUUCUUCCUUUCGCAAUAACUGCUAGGAGUUUCGAAAAGCUUAGACGCUGGGAGGAGCCACACUUGACUCUCUCUUUUCUGGCGUUUGUAUAUACGAUUAUUUUCAGGAAUAUGCUGCAUUAUGUGUUUCCUGCGGCAUUGAUCGUCUUAGCCACUGGCAUGCUAACCCUUAAAGGGCUCAAGGAACAAGGACGCCUGGGUAGAUCUUUCGGCAAAAUCACUAUCCGUGAUCAGCCACCUUCAAAUACUAUUCAGAAGAUUAUAGCUUUAAAAGAUGCCAUGCGCGACGUGGAAUACUAUCUCCAGAAUCUGAAUGUUACUCUCCUUAAAUUACGCACGAUUCUUCUUGCAGGUCAGCCUCAGGUAACAACUGAUGUUGCACUGGUGUUGUUAUCAUCUGCAACCAUUCUUCUCAUUGUUCCUUUCAAGUAUGUUCUUGCCUUCCUUCUAUGCGAUCUCUUCACUCAAGAGCUCGAAUUCAGGAGGGAAAUGGUUAAGAAAUUCUUAAGUUUGCUGAAGGAGCGUUGGGUCACCGUGCCUGCAACCCCGGUAAUUGUAUUACCGUUCGAGGACUGGACGAGAGCUGCGAAUCAAAGAAGCCGAAUGGAUAAGAAAAUAAAUCAGAAGGAAGGCAGGACAGUCACACGCCUAGAUAGUUUUUGACAUCCACUGUAGUUUUAAAAUGAAAAGUAUGUUCGAUUUUGUAUAAAAGAAAGGCAAAGAACGUUUUUUCCUUCAUUUUUGUAUAGACAUUGUUGCACUGAUAUAU